AUGGUGCUAAUUUGCCGUUUGUAUUGCGAGCACACCCACGACUCUGUGGUGGGUGUCGACCAAAAAGGGGCGAAGUUUUGGGGCUCCCUCUGCGCCGAGUACAACGCUAAAAGGCCCGAAGGAUCUAUUUCACGCGACGUCACGCAAAUCAAAUCUCACUUUCAACGGGUGUCGAAGGAUGCGAAGAGGUUUGAGGCCAUGCACAAAAAAUGCCACGAUCAAUGGAAAUCAGGCAUGAGUGAUAUUCAAAUCCUGGAGCAAGCAGAGGCAAUGUGGCUAGCCGAGUACCGUGUUCCGUUCCGGUAUUCGCAUGCAUGGAAGAUCUUGCGCGAGUCGAAGAAAUUUUCAAGUCUCGGCGGGGAUGUUCACUCUGAUGUCCAUUCGGACAAACGAUCAAAGGGGUCCGACGCAGCUAGUUUGUACAAAUACAUAUUCAUUUCCGUUGAGAAAGUGGUGAAUGGUGAUGCUUAUUGA